UGCAUGAGCCGAGCACCAGCAUCCAUCAGCGGAUCUACAGAGCCUCCCCUGCCCGGCACGGCGCUCUCCGGCUGCGAACGGCACCAUGGCACAAGCCGCCAAACAUCUGCGCAAAAACAAGGAUUUAGAGGCUCUCGCCGAGCAGGAGAGGAAGGAGAAGGAGGAGGAGAAGUCCAAGAAGAGGAGCCGAUCGCGGGAGAAAAAGCGCAAGGCUGACGCUGCCACCAGUUUCCUCCGCGCAGCUCGCUCAGGUAAUCUGGAAAAGGCUCUAGACCACAUCAAGAAUGGCAUCGACAUCAACACAGCCAAUCAGAAUGGACUCAACGGGCUGCAUUUGGCCUCCAAGGAAGGCCAUGUUAAAAUGGUGCUGGAGCUCCUUCACCAUGGUAUUGUACUUGAGACGACAACAAAGAAAGGGAACACUGCUCUUCAUAUAGCGGCGUUGGCUGGUCAGGAGCAGGUGGUCACUGAACUGGUCAACUAUGGAGCAAACGUCAACGCUCAGUCUCAGAAGGGCUUCACGCCGCUCUACAUGGCAGCACAAGAGAAUCACCUGGAGGUUGUGAAGUUUCUGCUGGAUAACGGAGCCAAUCAGACCAUUCCAACUGAGGAUGGCUUUACCCCUCUUGCUGUGGCUCUUCAGCAGGGCCAUGAGAAUGUGGUGGCCCUGCUCAUCAACCACGGUACUAAGGGCAAGGUCCGCCUUCCCGCACUGCACAUCGCUGCCCGAAACGACGACACCCGCACUGCCGCUGUGCUCUUACAGAACGACCCCAAUCCUGACGUCCUGAGCAAGACAGGCUUCACGCCGCUCCACAUCGCAGCACACUAUGAAAACCUGAAUGUUGCUCAGCUUCUUCUGAACCGAGGAGCUGAUGUGAACUUCACACCUAAGAACGGGAUCACACCGCUGCACAUCGCAUCCAGGAGAGGAAACGUCAUCAUGGUCAGACUUCUGCUGGACCGAGGAGCAAAGAUCGAUGCCAAGACAAAAGAUGAGUUGACUCCUCUUCACUGUGCUGCCAGAAAUGGCCAUGUGAGAAUCAUCGAGAUCCUUCUGGACCAAGGAGCCCCAAUACAGGCCAAGACCAAAAAUGGCCUGUCGCCGAUCCACAUGGCAGCCCAGGGCGAUCACUUGGACUGUAUCCGACAGCUCUUACAGUACAACGCAGAGAUCGAUGACAUCACACUGGACCACCUGACACCUCUGCAUGUGGCGGCUCACUGCGGGCAUCACCGCGUGGCCAAGGUGCUCCUGGAUAAAGGAGCCAAACCAAACACCCGCGCUCUGAAUGGAUUCACGCCGCUCCACAUUGCCUGUAAGAAGAACCACAUGCGUGUUAUGGACCUGCUAUUAAAGCAUUCUGCAUCCCUGGAAGCUGUAACCGAGUCAGGCUUGACCCCGCUGCAUGUGUCCUCCUUUAUGGGUCAUCUGAAUAUAGUCAAGAUACUGAUGCAAAAAGGAGCUUCGCCAAAUGCCUCAAAUGUGAAAGUGGAAACCCCACUGCAUAUGGCAUCUCGAGCUGGACACUGUGAAGUUGCUGAAUUCCUAUUGCAAAAUGCAGCUCCGGUUGAUGCCAAAGCCAAGGAUGACCAGACGCCGCUACACUGUGCCGCCCGCAUGGGCCACAACGAGAUGGUGAAGCUGCUGCUGGAGCAUAAGGCCAACUCCAACUCCACCACCACAGCAGGACACACACCGCUGCACAUCGCGGCCCGCGAGGGGCACACACAAACUGCCAGCAUCCUCCUGGACAUGAAUGCCCAGCUCACCAAAAUGACCAAGAAAGGCUUCACUCCUCUUCAUGUUGCAGCCAAAUACGGAAAGGUGGACGUGGCAGUUCUGCUUCUGGAGAGAGGAGCAAACCCAAACGCUGCCGGAAAAGUUGGACUCACGCCGCUGCAUGUGGCUGUCCAUCAUAACAAUCUAGAUGUGGUCAAUCUUUUACUCAGCAAAGGAGGAUCACCACACAGCGCUGCUCGGAAUGGCUAUACUCCGCUCCACAUUGCGUCCAAACAGAACCAGGCGGAGGUGGCGAGCAGUUUACUGCAGCACGGGGCGUCUGCCAAUGCUGAGUCUCUGCAAGGGGUCACACCUUUACACCUCGCCUCCCAAGAGGGUCAACCUGACAUGGUGUUACUGCUCAUCUCCAAGCAGGCCAAUGUAAACCUGGGAAAUAAGAGCGGUCUGACUCCUCUUCAUCUUGUGGCUCAGGAAGGGCAUGUUGGGAUUGCUGAUAUACUAGUGAAACAUGGAGCAUCUGUCUAUGCUGCCACACGGAUGGGAUACACUCCGCUUCACGUGGCUUGUCAUUAUGGAAAUAUCAAGAUGGUGAAGUUUCUCUUGCAGCAACAGGCCAACGUAAACUGCAAGACCAGGAUGAGCUACACGCCGCUACACCAGGCUGCCCAGCAGGGUCACACCGACAUUGUGACGCUUCUGCUGAAACACGGAGCACAACCAAAUGAAGUAACAUCUAACGGCACCUCUGCUCUUGCCAUCGCCAAGCGGCUUGGAUACAUUUCAGUCAUCGAUGUGCUCAAACUGGUCACUGAAGAGACGGUCACUAUGACCACCACUGAAAAACAUCGUAUGAGUUUCCCCGAAACCGUUGAUGAGAUCUUGGAUGUAUCUGAAGAUGAAGGAAUUGCACAGCUAACAUUAGGCGAGGAGCUGCUGGGAAACGAGGGCGCCAGGUAUUUGAUGAAGAUGGAGGACAUAAAGGACCAUGAUGAGGAUUUCCUUUCCCCCAAGAAAGUUCUAGAGAAUCAUUCUCCUGCUAUCCCGAGAAUCCCAUGUGUGUCUCCUGAGACUGUCAUGCUGAAAGAGCAUGAGAUGGAGCAGCACACUCCACUUCCAUUGCCCAAAGAGUACGACGAGGAUUCUCUCAUUCCCAGCAGUCCUGCAACAGAGACUUCAGACAACGUCAGUCCGGUGGCCAGUCCAAUCCACACUGGUUUCCUGGUGAGCUUCAUGGUGGACGCCCGCGGCGGCUCGAUGCGCGGCAGCAGACACAACGGCCUGCGCGUCAUCAUUCCUCCUCGAACCUGCGCGGCUCCCACACGCAUCACCUGCCGGCUGGUGAAACCCCAGAAGCUGCCCACACCGCCGCCGUUAGUGGAGGGAGAGGGUCUCGCCAGCCGCAUCAUCUCCCUCGGCCCCGCCAGCAUGCAAUUCUUAGGGCCUGUGAUUGUGGAGAUUCCUCAUUUUGCGGCUCUCGGUCGGGGAGAUCGGGAACUCGUGGUCUUAAGGAGUGAGAACGGAUCCGUCUGGAAGGAGCACCGUAACCGAUACGGAGAUGAAGUGCUGGAGACCAUCCUCAACGGCAUGGAUGAAGAUCUGGAGAGUCAGGAGGAGCUCGGCAAGAAGCGUAUCAGACGGAUCAUCUCCACCGACUUCCCGCUGUACUUUGCUGUGGUGUCUCGUAUCCAGCAGGAGAACGAUCUGAUUGGCCCAGAAGGAGGUUUUCUGACCAGUAAACUGGUGCCGAUGGUCCAGGCCACCUUUCCAGAGACGGCCGUCACCAAACGCGUGCGUCUGGGACUGCAGGCUCAGCCGGUGCCUGAUGAGCUGGUGGCCAAGCUGUUGGGGAACCAGGCCACGUUCAGUCCUGUGGUGACGGUGGAGCCUCGGCGCCGGAAGUUUCACCGCCCCAUCGGCCUGAAGAUCCCACUGCCGCCUUCAUGGAGAGAGAGCCCGCGGGACGCCGGAGAGGGAGACACCACAAGCCUACGCCUGCUCUGCAGCGUCAUUGGUGGCACAGCUCCUGCCCAGUGGGAAGAUAUAACUGGCACCACCAAACUGGUAUAUUCCAAUGACUGUGCCAGUUUCACCACUAAUGUCUCUGCCCGAUUCUGGCUGGCGGACUGUCCCCGGACUGCGGAGGCGGUAUCCUUUGCUAACCUCCUGUACCGCGAGCUGUCAGCCGUGCCGUACAUGGCCAAGUUUGUGGUGUUUGCGAAGAUGAAUGAAGCUCGCGAGGGUCGACUCCGCUGUUACUGCAUGACGGAUGACAAGAUGGACAAAACCCUGGAGCAGCACGAGAACUUCUCUGAAGUGGCUCGCAGCAGAGACAUCGAGGUGAUGGAGGGAAUGCCGCUGUAUUUGGAGUGUUCAGGAAACUUGGUUCCCAUAAGAAAAGCAGCCCAGCAGCCUCGCUGUUUCAGCUUCCAGGCCUUCAGAGACAACAGACUGCCUGUGUCCGUCAAGGUGAGGGACAGCAGUAAAGACCCCUCUGGCUUUUUGUCUUUCUUGCGCAAAUCAACCAAAUAUGAAGACAGUCAACAUGUGCUGUGCAACCUCAACGUGACCAUGCCGCCUUGCAUUAAGAUUAUGGGCAGCGAUGAGCGGAGGAGGACUCUAACUCCUCUGGCUCUGAGAGAAAGAUACAGCGCUCUGAAUGAACCGGCAAUGGCAUCACUGAGCGCCAUGGAAAGGACGGAGUUAAAGAUGGCUUUAAUAGCUGAACAGCUAGGCCUGAGCUGGGCUGAGUUGGGACGGGAACUGCAGUUUAAUGUAGAUGAAAUAAAUAAGAUCCGUGUGGAGAAUCCCAACUCCCUUUUAGAGCAAAGCUCAACACUGCUCAACCUGUGGGCCGCCCGCGAGGGGAAGAGAGCCAAAAUGGACAGCCUGUACGUGGCCCUCAAGAGCAUCGACCGAGUGGACAUUGUGAACAUGAUGGAGGGCCAGGGAGGACCACCGGCGGGUCAGCAGGGGGGCUGGGAGCAGGACACUUCCAGGUCUAGGCAUCACGACCGAGACCAUCUCUCUCCUGGCAUCACAAAUGGUUACGGGCUGGUGGUGCAGGAGGAACUAGUGUCACCGGCCUCCAUGCAGUACAGUCUGCCCUCGCCACUGGGCAAUGAGCCCUACUGGCAGGAAGUUUCCAGCAUGGAGUGCGCGCCCAUCGCCACCACCGAAGAAGACACGCUCAUGGAGAUGUCCGAGGUACAGGUUUGGCCCUCAGGCAAUAGUCCGUCCAUUGUGGCUGUAGAGGACUCCUCAUUGGAGUGCAGCAAUGCGGACGACUCCGAGGCGCUGCAGAACCGGAGCCUGGGUCACUCAAGGAGCGGGACGCCCGGUGGGAACGGACUCACUCCGGGAGGUUUAAGUGGCUCCAUCGAGCUCUUGGAGGAUCAGUCUAUUGGUGCGGAUUCAGACUACAGUGCUGCCGGGAUGCUACAUCUGAGCGAAGGGGUCAACAUCAGUGCUCUGGACAGAGGUCAGGGGUCGGAGAGGUCAGAAGGGGCUGUAGGUCACCAAGUCACCAACAACAUUAAAGACGGUUCCAAUGGAGGUUUGGGAGAAGGAGGAGGUGACGGCACACACUUAGAAGAUAGCAUAUCUCUCAUUUCAGGGCAACAGCGUGUGUAUGCUCGAAUGAGCGAGUCGCCUGGGCUGAGAAGACGGGCAGAUCCUGGCGAAGACAGGUUAAGUGCUGGGUCGUUCCUGUCUUACCUGCAGGAUCAGGGCUCUCCUGGUUGGCAUUCGACCGCAGAAGCGACCCAGAACAGAUUGGGAUCUCUGCAAUGCUCCCUUCCUAGGCAGGCAAUCGAGUCUAUGAUGUCAUCAGUGCGAGCCGCAGUGGAUUGUGACUCCAAGCAGUCUUGUUUAGGCCAGGAGACUCUAAUUGAGCCGGUGCGGGACAUGGGGCACUCUGAGAUCAUCCACAGCCAUUAUCAGGGGACUCAGCCCUUUGAGAAAGGACUCGGCUUCCCGCACAGAACAACCAACAUGCGCGGGUGGGAGGACAUGCAUCUGAGAGGACAGACCGGCUCCAGCAUGUGGGCUCUGGUCACGGAGCUGUUCUUCAGCUUUAUUCUGCUGGCCUUCAUGGUGAUCAGCUGCCAGAAUGUUCUGCAUAUCGCUAGCAGCUCUGUGCGCUCAGUGCUGGCCUACAUACACACUCAGCUGGACCGAGAGCUGGGCGAGAAUGAAGGAGUGGCGGACGAGGAGGAAAACGUCACCACUCGAGUCGUGCGCCGUAGGGUCAUACUAAAGGGUGAUGAGGCUGAGGAUCUUCCAGGAGAGCAAGUGAGCGAGGAGCAAUUUACAGACGAGCAUGGCAACAUCGUCACCAAAAAGAUUGUGAGGAAAGUGGUCCGGAGAGGAAAAGGGGAGGAAGGGGGUCAGGAGCUGAUCAUUGAAGGUCUGCCGCAGGAUGUCAGUGAGCCUGACUUUGAUGGAGAACAGUUCAUGAGCUAUGCCGUCCUGGGACGUGACAGCAAGCCGGAUGUUGUGGAUGUGAAGAGAGGAGGUGCUCAGAUAGUCAAAUGUGCGAGUCUGCGGAGAGUAAAGCAGUGAGUCUGUGAGACUCCUUCUGCCUGCAGGACUCGACUCCUUCACCCAAACCAUCCUUCACUGACUCAUAACGGGCGUCAAAUAAAGAAGAACCCAAAAUCACAGGAGAUAGGCAACGGAUAUCAACUACAAAAACAGAUUUUAGGAUUUUUUUUAAACCAAAAAAAGUAAACAAUAGAGGCUAGAGGCAUGAUUUCUUACAAAACGAAACCAAACGAUGAAAAAAAAAAAGAGCAAGCAUUUGAGAAGUGCUUCCUGUAAUCUCAGUAAUAUCAGCAUGUGAACGUGCUGUCGCAUGGCCUGCCUUUACAUACAGCACCGACCGCAAGCAAUUAUGAGGUGAGGGUAAAAUACUGUGGUACCGCAAGGGCUGUACAUGGUUAUCUGAAAACACUUUUGGCCAGCAGGAGGCACACGCUUGAAAUCGCCGUUUAGGAGCACGUGGGACACGAAAGCUAGUUUUAAUAAUAAUAAUAAGUCAAUAAUCCAGCAGGAGUUGUUUUUUUUCUGAAUUUAGUCUUCCAAGUGAGUCCAGAACACACAAAUACUGAUGCUAGUUCCCACCAGGAGGAGUUUCUAACGCUCUUAAACUGGUACAUGAUAUGCACUCAAAUAUGAUCUGAAUGUACUCUGUGUGUGUGUGUGCCUGUUCUUUUUCACAGCCAAAACAAACAAAAUAUGGAUCAACCUAUGCGAUGAAUAUGCUGCUGUCUCCUGAAGUCUUGUUCAGUCCAAUAGUACGUGUCUUGUGUAUUGUAAAGGUGUAAUAAUUGUGUAGCUGUGUGUUGCCUGAGAUAUACGGGCUCAAGGGAUACAAUUUGUGCAGUUUUUAAUGUGUUUUUUGGUGGGACGCAGUACAUUGGACGUACUUUUAUCACUGUGGGGCUCUGUAUGAACACGUUUGCAGAUGAUGCUAUUUAUAUCGCAUACCUCUGUGUCAUAUGAACCCUCUUAAUAACGUGAUAUUAUGCACAGAGGAGAAUUAUAUCAACAUCACAUCAUUAGCAUUUGCUUUAUUCCACUAAUAGGAAGAUAUUUGUGUGUAUUAUUAUUAUUAUUACGAGCGAAAAGCAAUAACUUAUUUUGUUUUGAACACUAAUGAACAAGUCUAACCUUUCAAUAAUUAUGAAUUAUUUAAUCUUGUCAUUUGAUUUGUUAGAUACAUAAUUGAAAACAAUUAACACUUCCACCCAGGGGCGUAGCAACCGGGGGGGACGGGGGGGAUCCGUCCCCCUCACUUUUAGAGGCAGACCAUUUAGAAACAGGUGAUUAAUAAUUAUAUGAACAUAUGAUCUCAUACAGCCGUCCCCCCCCACUUUUAAAAUGUCCGCUACGCCCCUGCUUCCACUUGUUAACUAUAUUAGAACCAACGAACAACGAACUAAAACAUUUUUUAAUAAUGUUGGUCAAUCUUAAUCUGCAUUAUUAAAAUUAACACAUUGUCUAAUAUUAUUUAUUAGACAUGAGAUAACUAAAACAGUUUGUAUUAGUUAACAAAGAUUAAUAAAAUAUUGUAACACGAUGGUAUAAUCAAA